AUGGAUGGAUAUGGAGUACUUAAGCGUGCUGCCAGUUUCAGGAACUAUGCCAAAAGAACUGGACACGCAGUAUAUCAUCUGGAUCUUGGACGAACUGAUGUCAACUACCAUCCAAAGUACCAAAGAUCCAAAUUAGGUAUCUUUGUCAGUAUAUUUGUGAUUGUCGUAGUUGCAUUCUUUGUCGUCUUUACCACAGGUCAAUUCUCUAAAGGUGUACCUGCCAUUAUUUAUAACGCCAAUAUACCAUCACAGUAUGAGGAGAUGAAGACACCGAUGGUGGGCAUAGGUGUGUCCUUCUCAAAUGGCACAUACUUUAGCGAUCCAAACUACUUCACUGUCAAGUACUCCCAGGUAACAAUCACCAACCAUGACAGUGUACCGCGUGUAAAGGUUGGCCUCAACUCGACCACUUGCACCUUCUACCAGAACCCGCCCUCAGGAAUGCCCUCUGGCUACGUGCCACCCAUCUACACAUCGGCGGCAAUCUGCCCCGAGAAGCCCAUCACAAUGAAGGGUUCGUACGAGAUGGACGUCUACCAGUAUCUGGACAUCGCCAUCAAUCGUUGCCAGUGUCCUCCUUUGCCGGCCAACUGCACAUGUGUCAGUGAUGCCGAGUUCAACGCGGUGUUCUUCAAGGACACCAACAUUAACCUCAUCGUUCAGGAGCGUAACCCAUCCUAUUCGAUCUUUGCCAACAAGUUCUCUGUUGUGCCAAGCGCCGACUUCUCGCAGCCUCCCGUGCCACGUAACUUCACCAACGGCAUGUUCUGGUACACAUCUCGCCUGCACAUCCAAAAGGUAGACGUAACCAUCCAGAAGAAGACCAUCUACAUCGGCCCACGUUUCAUCUUUGACUACAACGUCGAGACCUUCUACACGGUUGGUGGAACAGUGGCACGCACAGCCGACUACAUGCCCCAGCCAACCAAUGUGACCAACAACCUGUUCAAGGCGUACAUCCGUCUGGAUGACUAUGAUAACCAGGAGUACCGCCAGAGCCCUCCUCUGCUUCAGUUGGUCGGCUCAUGGGGUGCGCUGUGGACCUUCUUCAGUUUGACCCUGCUCCAACUCGUACAGAUCUACAACUACAAGAAGCAUGAGCGCGAGAAGUCCAUCGACAAGAUGGUCACUGACUUGGUUCUUGGCUCGCCUACCAAAGGACAUGAUGGAAAGCCAAUGUCCGAUCCAAACAACAACAACAACAACAAUAGCGGCAGCAGUCUUGGCGCGUUGGACAGCAACAACAACUUUUACAACAGCAGCGGCGUGUCCAUCAUGGUCAAUCAGGUGGAGAUGGGCGUGCUCAGUAGCGAGAACAGAAGGAACUCGAGGAACAUCCUCAACGCCAGCUCCUCGGGCAGUCUUGAUCAGUUGGGCUGGCCUGGUCCCAACAAUAACGUCUCGUCAUUUGGCAUCAACUCCUCUACAGACUACAACAACGAUAGUCUUCAGCCACCCAACAACAACUCUGUCAAUAUCAAGACCAGCGUAGACAGCAGCGCCAGCUCUGAUGUCGACUCUCGACAUAUCUAA